AUGGACCAGCAACUCAAGGAGUCCGACGAGCAACGACAGAUGAGACGAAUUGCCUUCGUGGCUGUCGUCGUCAGCACUGUCGCUGUCAUCGCUAGUGUCGUUACGCUUCCAAUGCUCUACAACUAUGUUCAGUCCUUCCAAAGCCAUCUUAUGGUUGAAACAGAUUAUUGCAAGGCCCGUUCACGUGAUAUGUGGCUCGAAAUGACUGCUCUUCAAGCCGGAAAGGGCCUUGCCCACCGUCAAAAGAGAGCUUGGCUUUUCGGACAAUGGAUUCCAGAGAGUGGAGCUGGAGGUGGAGGAGGAGGAGGAGGAAACUCCGGAUAUGGCGGAUACGGAGCUGCUGUUAAUGCUGAGCCCGCUCCAAUUUGCUGCACAUGUAACCAAGGAGCUGCUGGACCUCCAGGACCUGAAGGACCACCAGGAAACAAUGGAAAGGACGGAAAGAACGGAAAAGACGGAAAGAAUGGACGUGAUGCUGAACUUCUCCCUGCUCCACCAGCUGAGCCUUGCAUCAUUUGCCCUCCAGGACCAACUGGACCAAUGGGUCCAAUGGGACCAAAGGGACCACCAGGACCUAAGGGAUCUCCAGGAGAACCACCAAAGGACGGAGUUCCAGGAGAUGACGGUAUGGCUGGACAACCUGGACCAAUCGGAAGACCAGGAAGAGAUGGAAUGAAGGGAGCCCCAGGAGCUUCUGGACGUCUCAUCCCAGUCCCAGGACCACAAGGACCUCCAGGAAAGCCUGGACCAGUGGGACCACCAGGACCAAAAGGAAAUCCAGGACCAGACGGACAAUCAUACCAGGGACCACCUGGACCACCAGGAGAUCCAGGAAACCCAGGACCAGAAGGACGUCCAGGACCAAAUGGACCAAACGGACCACCAGGACCAGACGGAGAGAAGGGAGACUGCACUCACUGCCCAGCUCCACGUACUCCACCUGGUUAUUAG